GUAUUUUACAGCUUCCAAAUUUGACUCUCUCUCUCUCUCUCUCUUAUAUAACACCCCUAUUGGUUCAACCACUACUACAUGUACUUUCUUCUUUGGCCUAAAACUUCUUGACUCAGCACUUCCAUUAUUUCUCCAUUUUCUCAAUGGCUUCUCCUUCCUACUUUUUCUUCUUCUUCUUCUUCCAAAUCAUUCGUUGUAUUCCCCCUGCCUUCUCCACAAAUUCUGAAGGGACUGCUUUGCAUUCUUUGAGAACCAAACUUUCUGACCCAAAAAAUGUUCUACAAAGCUGGGACCCUACACUUGUAAAUCCUUGUACAUGGUUUCAUGUUACCUGUGACUCAGAUAAUAAUGUUAUUCGCCUGGAUUUGGGCAAUUCUAAUAUUUCUGGAACUUUAGGACCAGAGCUUGGUGAACUCAAGAAUCUACAGUACCUGGAACUUUAUAGUAAUAACAUAGAAGGGGAAAUCCCAAAGGAAUUUGGUGAUUUGGAAAAUCUUAUUAGCAUGGACCUAUAUGGCAAUAGAUUUGAAGGAAACAUUCCCAAAUCUUUUGCUAAAUUGAAGUCUCUUAGAUUUUUACGGUUAAAUGACAACAAACUAACUGGUUCGAUUCCAAGGGAACUUACGACACUCCCCAACCUUAAAGUAUUUGAUGUUUCUAACAACAAUCUUUGUGGAACAAUCCCUGCUGAUGGACCCUUUGGAAGCUUUCCUAUGGAAGGUUUUGCACACAACAGACUCAAUGGACCUGAACUGAAAGGACUAGUGCCAUAUGACUUUGGAUGCAAAGAAGUUGAAGUAUAGUUUGACAACAGCCUUCACAAGGUUGCUAUUAUAUCUUUAUGUAUUGUAUAUCUAGUUUGACAGUGUUACUGAAAUUAAAAAUCUCAAGUCGAAUGCACUUCAUGAUACAUAAGGUUCUUUAAAUUCAUCACUAAAGCUCACCUUCACUGAUAACUUGGCAGCAGAAAAUGUAUUGUCUUGCUGAAUUUUGAAAUUAAGUGUUUGAUGGUUUUGGAGUGAAAUUUCUUCUUCAAGAACAAUCUAUUUUUAUGUCGU